CCUCAAAAGAUCGAGACAGGGCUCGAUCAACCACCAACCGGCAUCAUCACUAUUAAUAUACUAAUACCUAUGCAGUGUGCAUAACUGGCCCUCACCAUGACUACAAGUAUCUUGCUGAUUGCUCUUUGUGCAGCUAGUGCCUUUGGUAUGGCUGCGGCUGUGGAUGCCCCGUACAAUUCUUCGUACACCAAUUCUUCGUCUUUGGAUGUUCCGGUGGACAGUACCGGUAUGAGUAUGAGCCUGAAUGGAACUACUAGCAAUAGUACUAGCAAUAGUAUGACCAGCAAUAGCAUCACCCCAACUCCCACACCUUCAACUGCACCUUCAACCACUUAUUCUCUACUGGAGGGAAUGCAAGGUGCCCUGGUAACUAGAGAUUGUCUGUUUGCCAAUGGUGUCUACCAGUAUCCUUACGCCAUUGAUAUCUUUUGGUCUUGCGGGGAUGAAAGGUUCCAAGAACCUCUGCGCCUGCAUACAUUCAAGCGUCAUUCUCGUCCCCACAAACUCGUAUUUGCCGAUCAGCUGCUGACUUACAGAGACCAACAGAGACUCUGGUUUGAUGCCUAUAACAUUCCCAGGUGUAUACGUGUCAUGCAGGAUGAUGACAAAAACUCCCUCCAAGUCACCUCCAACGCGGAUGCGUGUGCUUCCUUUGACUUUCUACCUAUCCUGCAAUCCGACAACAUCCAGUAUUAUCACAUUCAAGAAAUAUCCACGGGAAAAUGCAUGGGGUUGGGAUCUGGGAAUGAUUGCAAUUCCGAUGAGUCCACAGGUGGCAGUGAAUGUGGAGGAGUCGAUCAUCGAUUCCUGCCUCUGGUGCUCAUGGAGGAUUCUUGCAAUACCAAUAGUGCCUUGGCAUUUGCCUUUGAGACACAGGCACAAGAUUGUGCCAACAAUCGACAAGAAUUCCCCGCAAACUCGUGUUUUUGAUGCUGAGAUUAUAAUCUAAUCUAAUCUAACUAAUACAUGUAUGUACAGCUGGC